AGGAAGUCCUCGGGGUAGAUCGGAAUCGCAUGCGGAAUAUUUGAUCCCGGCCUUCGCAAACACAGGAAACCAACACUUACGGCGAAACCACGGCGCGCAGCAAUUGCUGAAGAGAGAAAACGCUUCGUACGUGCCUACCGUGAGAAAGAGGGCCGUCGCGAGAUGAGUUGUUCCCCACGUCCUUGUUUUUCUGCGUGUAGUAGGCCAGUUGCACGGAGACGCCCCACAGGAAUAAUGUGGACGUUGUGGUUGCUGUUGCUGACCGCUACGUUGUUGAACUGCUGCCGCAGCGCCCAUGGAAUCAACAAGGAGCCGAACACGGUUCCCGGUCGAAGCGUGAUCGUGCACCUGUUCGAGUGGAGAUUCGACGACAUUGCCGAAGAGUGCGAAACCUUCCUUGGCCCGCGUGGCUAUGGCGGUGUUCAGACAUCGCCAGUGAAUGAACAUGGCAUCGUCUUCGGAGCAACGGAGAAACGGCCAUGGUACGAGCGGUACCAGCCGGUGAGUUACAAAAUUGGCAACCGGAGCGGCAACGAGACGCAGUUUCGUGACAUGGUUCGCCGGUGCAACGAGGCCGGCGUCAGAGUGUACGUGGACGUCGUGAUCAACCACAUGACUGGCGCCCUAGAGAUAAAUAAGGGCACCGCAGGGAGCACCUUCAAUUACCAUGAAUUCAGCUACCCCGCCGUACCGUACGGUCCAGAUGACUUCCACAGGAAAGAAAAAUGUGGGACCAAGUCUGGCGGCAUCGAAAGCUACGGAGACGCGCGGCAGGUGCGCAACUGCCAACUGGUCGGGCUCCGCGACUUGGACCAUGGUAGAGAGCACGUUCGAGCCAAGAUUGCUGAGUUCUUGAAUCGACUCAUCGGGUUUGGCGUGGCUGGAUUCCGCGUCGACGCCGCCAAACACAUGUGGCCUGCUGACCUCCAAGCCAUCUAUGCUACGCUUGAUGACCUCAAUACACAGUUCUUUGCCCCGGGAACCAAGCCCUUCAUCUACCAGGAGGUGAUCGACUUGGGUUACGGCGAGCCGGUCACCCGUUGGGAGUAUCACCGCCUUGGCAGAGUGACCGAGUUCCUUUACGGAGCUAAGCUCGGAGCCGUGCUUAGGAAACGACCGGAUCAGCUGCUGAAGUACCUUAGAAACUUCGGCGAGGACUCGGGCUUCCUUCCGGGUGGAGACGCGGUGACUUUCGUGGACAACCAUGACAACCAGAGGGGCCACGGAGCUGGUGGCGCGGACAUCCUGACGUUUUUCGAGCCCCGCCUGUACAAGAUGGCCAACGUUUUCCUACUUGCGUGGCCAUACGGACUGCCUCGCGUUAUGAGCAGCUACCGCUGGCCCCGGGAUUUCCAGGAUGGCGUGGACCGAAACGCCUGGUUUGGACCGCCGUCGGAUGCCGCGUGGGACAUCCAACGCGUCACUCGGCACAGCGACAACACGUGCGGAGGCGGAUGGAUAUGCGAGCACAGAUGGAGACAGAUCUACAACCUUGUCGAGCUGCACAAUGUGGCGGGGUUCUCGCCUGUCACCAACUGGUGGGACAACGGUUUCCAUGCAAUCGCAUUCGGCCGUGGAAACGCGACGUUCGUCGUCAUCAACAACGAGGAUUUCCGGCUUCAGGCAAUUCUUCAGACGUCUUUACCACCGGGAACAUACUGCGACGUCAUUUCUGGCGUGAAGACUUCAGUCGCUUGUACUGGAAGGUCAUUCGUCGUCAAGCCUGAUGGCAAAGUUGAUGUUGCCGUGGACAACCUAUGGGAGGAUCCUGUCAUCGCGCUACACAUUGCGGCAAAACUUGACAGCACAGCGUGAAAAGCCCGCGCUGCCUCAUAGAGCUGGAAAUAUACGCAGAAAUUAUAAAUAAAAUUAUCAGUUUGUUUAUGCA